ACUUACUGAUCUUUUGCCACGCCCACCGUCACUUAACAAAUUUACCAACUAAAAUUAUGAAAGCAGAAGAAUAACAAGAAAAACUUCCGUUGAAUUACAAUUUGCAGUACGAUUCUUCAAAUAAAAUGUCACGAACAGCGAGGAACAUGGGAGCAAUGACUACCACGGGAGGCAGGGUAAAAACAAAGUUGACCAAGUCUGGAGACAUGAUUGCGUACAGUGAAGGCGCAGUCAGAAAUAACCACGCCGUCGUUGAGUAUUGUCGGACGUCAAUGAGUGCUCUGUCUGGCGGUACUGCUGGAAUUUUGGGUCUCACUGGCUUCUACGGAUUCGGAUUCUACGUAUUUGCCGUCGUCGGACUAUGGGCUCUCUUGCUUUUGAAGGCAGGCAGUCAAUGGAAGAAAUAUUUUGUAAAUCGGAGAAGUCUUUUGACAAGUGGAUUCAUUGGUGGCCUCUUCACAUACAUCCUCUUUUGGACAUUUUUGUACGGAAUGGUUCAUGUUUACUAGAUUACGAAGUCACCACCAGGAUUGAAUAUCAUCUAUUCCACGUCUUCAUUAUUUAUCGUUACGUUAUUUGUCAUUCCUGUUAUUACCCAAAUUGUUGUGCCUACAAUGCCAAUGAGGGCAAAUUAAAUUCCAACAGGAUUAA